AUGUACGCUCAAGAGGACUGUGAGCUAGGAGGAAAGGAAUCUAUAGAGGAUGAUUUUGCCUACCGCAACAAUGUUCUCAAUGCGGACAAAGAUAUUCGUUUGGGAUUUGUGCGCAAAGUGUAUGGUCUUCUUACUGUUCAAUUAUUGGCCACUGUUGCCAUUGCCGCUGUGUUUCUGCUUGUCAAACCUGUGCAAGCAUUCAUUCAUCAAAAUGACUGGAUGGUAUUUGUGGCUUUCAUUCUGAGUUUGGUGACACUGUUUGCACUCAUUGCUAAACGUCGGGACUCCCCCGCCAAUUUCUACCUCCUCGCUGCAUUUACUGCAGUGCAAGCUUACACAGUGGGGGUUAUAGUCUCGUUCUACGACACGUUCGUAGUACUUCAGGCGCUCGCUCUCACUUUCACAGUGGUUUUUUCUCUCACCCUAUACACCCUCAACACGAAACGAGACUUCUCCUUUGUAGGAUAUGGGCUUGUAGCAGGUUUGAGUGUACUCAUCAUUGGCGGCCUGCUGCAAAUCUUCAUUCAAAGCUCAGCAUUUGAGGUAGCCCUCUCCUUUACCGGGGCAAUUUUCUUCAGCCUCUUCCUGAUCUUCGACACCCAGCAAAUGAUGACCACACUGUCUCCAGAGGAGUAUAUCCUUGCGACCAUAAACUUGUAUAUGGACAUCAUCAACCUGUUCUUAUACAUCUUGCGAAUUUUGAAUGAACUGAACAGGAAU